AUGCUCGUCUCCCGCCUCCUCGCCGCCUUGACGGUCUCAGUCGUCGCUCUCAUCCCCUCCGCAGACGGCCGCUUCCUCAUGAAGCGGAACCCCAGUAUAGACAAUCCCCAACCUGCUGAGGUCGCUACACCCUCCUGUCACACCAAUGCCGAAUGUAUCCAGCAAGGUCUACCGGUACUGGCACCUCGGUCCAAGCGGGAUCAACAACAGGCUCGAGCCGAAAUACAGCGGCGAGAGGUAAUCAGCCUGACCCAGACUUGCGGGGCUGGACAAUUCGUGGGUCUUCCGGACGGGAAGUACCGCCUCACGAUCGCUGGAGCGCAGGGUGGAGUUGGGAGUAAUUACGGGUCAGUAGGCGGUCUGGGUGCCGUGGUCGAUACCAACAUCACCAUUCGUACGGGGAGUAACGGAAUACUCUUUUCAUAUUAUAUUGGUUGUGCGGGUAUUCGGGAACCAGCGUUUGAAGGUUCGUUUGGCGGUGGGGGUGGCUCGUUUUUUUGGAUCACGCCCCCUGGCAAAUAUCCGCAGGACGGUGCAGACGUCAACGCUGUCCUUCUCGCGGCAGGUGGAGGAGGUGGAGCGGGUUACUUUCGUGGGAGUGGAGGUCCCGGUGGCACUGAUCCCUAUGCGGCUCAGACCGCUGAAGGUGGCAUUGACGGCGGAGACGAUGGCCGGGGCGGCGGCGGCGGAGCAGGCUACAUGACCGCAGGAGAGGGCUCGGAUGGCCAAAGUGGUUAUGGAGGUUCACAGUCACCGUACUAUGGAGGUACCUUCAAGGGAGGCAACACCGGAUACGCGGGCAGUCCUUACGCUACAACUGGUGGCGCCGGGGGAGGAGGGGGAGCGAGCUCCGCUGGAGGAGGCGGAGGAGGAGGAUUCCAUGGAGGGAAUGGUGGCAGAUCCAGUGAUGCCAGUAGGCGCGCAGAGGGAGGAACGGGCGGCUCUAGCUACGCCAAACAGCAGACGGAUCCGCGCUGGCUCAUCACUGUCUUAUCUGCAGUCGCGACCCAGGCUGGAAGCGGGAGUAUCCGGCUGGAGAGAUACUAG